CUUCAACUGUUGAACUUUUUGUAUUUAAUGCAGUGGUUGAUCUUGUGGGGUAUUAUUCAACCUUGUUGGUUUUGUUCAUAAAAUUUGAAACUUUUUUUUGUUUGUUUUUGUGGUGAUAUUGUCUAUAUUUUUGUGUGUGUGUGGUUUUAUCAGGGUAAAUUUCAGAACAGUCAUUGCUUCUGUUUGCUUACAAGACUUUGUUAAUAGUUACACUGAUUCCCUCCAAGUAAAGUUGUUAACAUGGUUUGAAAAUUCUGCUUUUGGUUUUAUUUUUUUUCUCUACUUUUAACAGUAAAAGUAACUUGAAACCAUGCAUUGUUCAAACUAGUUGUUGGCUGUGUGGGGCAGAAAGAAUAGUGCUUAGUUCAAUCUCAAUUACACUUGUUUUUUCUUCUGUGGAAAAUGUAAUUCUGAAUUGAAAUAUGUGGAGGUGGACAUUGUGGUGAGAAGGGACUGAACAACUAAGUGGAAUGAUUUCUCCUAGUAAACUAAGGAUGAAGCUUACAGGACCUCACCAUCUUAAGAAGAAAGAUGGAUCCAACUGUAACUCAACCAGAACUUCCCCUUCAAAGCAUGAUGAUGCUGAGUUUGUGAAGAACAGCUUACUUGCCUCAGAGACUAACAACCUUCUUGAUGAAGUUACAUCUUCAAGCUUAGAGGUUCCACCGUUAAAGCUGUCAAGUGAUGCAAUGUUGCACCAGAAUAACCAGACUUGUUAUGGUAACAUGGACCUCAUAAAAAUGCAGCAUUCUCAAAAUGGUGAUAAUGGUAAGUCAGGAACAAUAAUUCCCCCAGCGAAAACAACAGACGAUGAAAAUCUUGAGUGCGAUAGUAGUGCUAGCUCAUCAAGUUUCGAGUUCCAUAAAGAGAGACCAGUGAACAAUCCUGCAACAAGGUUCCUAUUAAGGCCUAUUCCAUCCAAGUGGAAUGAUGCAGAGAAAUGGAUAAUGAAUAGGCAAAAUAUACAAGCUGGUUACACAAAAAAGAAUGCUUUACAGAACCAAGUGAAUCGCUUCACAACUAGUAUGAUCAAGGUUGCACCAGAUUCUGAUUAUUUUGAUAAUAAGCUACCAAAAGCCAAAGUGGCAGAAACAGAACGAGUUCAUGUUCCAGUAAUGGAAUCUUUUCCAGAAACCAAAGGUUUAAAGGAAGCAGAUGAUAAGACAGCCGUUCCUGGGAUAAGAUCUGUUGCAAUGAGAGACAUGGGAACAGAAAUGACCCCCAUGACAAGUCAGGGACCUUCGCGAACUUCUACUCCAAUUGGUUCAAUAACUCCAGUACUUAGUCCAGCACCAUCAAUGCCUUCAACUCCUAGGAGGGGCGCGAAUCCUCCGUCUCCAGUUGAAAACACUGAAAAAAAGCUGUCUGAAGAAGAACUGAAGCUUAAGACAAGGAAAGAGAUUGAAGCCCUUGGUGUGCAGCUUGGUAAGAUGAACAUUGCUGCAUGGGCAAGCCAUGAUGAAAAGGUUAAGAAGAAAACAUCUUCUUGGGACUUGAAUAAAGAAGAACGUGGCAGAAUCGAAUUCCAAAAACGUGCAGCUUCAUGGGAGCAAGCUGAGAAAUCUAGAUAUACUGCAAGAUACAAGCGCGAGGACAUAAAAAUUCAAGCAUGGGAAAGUCAACAAAAGGCAAAAUUAGAAGCAGAAAUGAGAAGAAUCGAGGCCAAAGUUGAGCAAAUGAAAGCUCAAGCUCGGGCAAAGGCGGUGAAAAAGAUUGCGAUGCUGAGACAAAGAACAGAGGAAAAGUUCGCAGCAGCUGAAGCUAGAAAGAAUCGAGAAGCAGCAAGAAUCGCAGAAAAAGGAGAAUACAUUCGCCAAUCUGGAAGAAUACCCUCCUCCAAUUACAUUUUCUGUGGUUUGUUGUGACAUACUGAGGAUAAAAAUGAAAUUACAACACUACUCGCCAAAAUUGCUUCAGUUUCUGUAUGUAUUUUUCGGCCACAUUCAUGAAUGGCUAGACUAUUGAUAGAGGGCACCAUUUCUCGAGUUUACAAGCAGAAAAUUUACUGUUCUUUUCAAAAUGAAACAUUUGCUUUCACCAAACCAUGCAAUAUUUUGAAUUACUUAAUAUUUGGGCACUCUAAAAAUUUCUUGAAUUUUGUAUCUAUUGGUUCAUAUGUUUGUCUACCGAGAACUAAAGAAGUUGACAUCACAGAAAUAAGAAAGCAACGUUAAAUGAAUGAGCAUCAACAAUUAGUGAACUUCAAUUUUCGCUCUAUUGCUUAGAAGAUUUAUAUGAUUGCACUCUUGAGUAUAGUAACGUGAUACCUGUAAGUUGUAAGUUGUAACUUGUAACUAUACUGAGAAAAGAACACCAGCCAAAAAUUCAGAAAAAGGCUAUGAAUUCCUCCAUAUUUAGUUUGACAGAGUAGAGACAUCUUCCAUUAGACAGAAAACAAUAUGCAUUCAUAACAAAUGAAAAAAAAGUAAACAACCAUGUUCUAUUCUUAUAUAGGACGACUAUCUAAAUAGGAAGACCAACUAACUCACAAAUAUCCCAAUGUUGAU